UCAAUGAAGAAAGAAAUAGAAGCGAAGAAAAAAUGGAAGUUGAUAAUUUUCCUGAAGUAUCAAGUACACCUCCACAGCAGUCACCUUUGGGAUCGUGCAAAGUUAAUUCAAGUGAAAGAUUAAUAGACAAAUUAGAAACACCAGAAUCUUUAAGCCUGUCCAAGAAUUUCAGAACGGAAAGUCAUGAAAUGAAUGUGGAAAAUUCUAAUGAGGUAUCAUUUGAUAAGUCAAUAAAACGAACUCUUGUAAAAGCAUCGAUAGAAUUGGGAUUGCAGAUCGAAGGCUUAUUAAACAGCUCCGCAGAGAAGCAAUUACAAAAUGAUAGUAACAAAGAAAAUGAAAAAUAUGACGUGUCACCAGUGGUGACAGCCACUAUUCAGGAAGUACCAACAACUGUUAUGACGUCAAAUAAUCGCAAAUCAUUAAGUCCAGUACUUGUAGAGAAAGCAGAACAAAUAAAACAAGUGUUGUCGAGCGAUCAAAUGCCAUCAAAGGUCUCACCGAUAAAGGAAUCUUUGACAAUGACGUCACUUUCUGCAAACACUGAAGGAUUAAAUGAUUUAGAAGACACCAGCCCGGUAAGUGAUUCAAAAGCAGAUGAUUCAAUCAUUGUCAUUGAAGACACUGAGAUUACAGAAAUAGAUAAAGUGGAAAAGCAAAAUGAUAUCAAUCGUGCAUCUGAUAAUCUAAUAACAAAGGAGAUUGUUAUUAGGCUGAACAGAACAAAAGUUCACAGAAAAGCUAGCAGCGAGGAGAUGUCAAUUUUUGACCGUGACAAGUCAAAAGCCUCCAAAGACGCUAUCAUGUCUGAUGACAGUAAAGAUUCGAAUCCUGAAAUACUUGAAGUUAGUCACAAUCUUGAAAAUGUCACUUCAUUCACUGAUAAACUGUUACAAAGUGAAAAAAGUAAUGAACAUGAGAAUCGCACAUCUAGAUUGAUGACUGAAAACAAUGAUUCUCCAUCAAAAUGGAUGUCUCCGGUGGUUGAGAACAAACCGCAUACAAACAUUGAUAGAAAUAGCAUUAACAAGGAGGAUGUUAUUUCAAGCAAGGAGAGUUUAGAGAAAGAUAUUUCACGGUCCGCUGAUACGACUUUAUUCGUUGAAGUGACGGCAAGCAGCAUGAACAUACCAGUGGAAAAUAAUUUCGACGAAGGUGAUUCUCUAAUGCCCUCGAUAGAAAGUUCUUUCGCCGACUUAAAAAAGUCGGCAACGGUUACAUCGCUCACGACUGAUGAUUUACAAACAAUUGAAGGUGAAGAUAAAUUGGGAGUUAAAGCUAAACAUGGGAUGUCUUCGACUGUUGCAGAAUCUACGAGUGGUCAGUCCAAGGAAGUUUCAGUUAGUGAGGACCAGUCUAAAAAGGUUGCAACAUCGGUGAACACCGAAGUCCAGCAUAGGGGUGCUGUCCAAAAGCCAAAGUCAGAAAAGAAUCAAACUCGAUCCCAGAAACGGCACGAUGAAGAUGACAGCGAUUCAGACAUGAAUCUAGAAAAUCUGUUUCACGACAUUCCCGCCAAUGAGUGGAACAGAAAGUUCACAGGAAGCUCACCGACUGUGGAAAAUGAAAGCGAAGCAGAAUGCGAUCUGGUACUGGAGGAUAAAGAAGAAACUGCAGCUGAAGAAGUGACCAAAAAUGGCUCCAACUCUGGUAACACUUUAAGUUUCAAGAAAUCAGAAGUGAAGGCCAAGAAAGGAAAUGAGACAAAGACAGGAGACGAGGAAGAGAAUAAAGAAAUGGAUGUUGAAUCAGAUGUUGAGAAUAAAGUAUGUGAAGAGACUGCAGUUAGAAAAUCGUUACAAAGCAAUCAGCAACUUCUAGGUCUUGUGGUUGAUAAAAAUGUGAAGAAAAGUGACAGUUUCAGAAAAUCGGUUGAUAACAGUGAAAACGAUGUUUCGAGUACUGCAUAUUGUAAGUCUACAGGCAAAUCAGAAUCUACCACCAAUGUGCAAAAAGAUGUUCAUUCUUCAGUAGAUGAAAGUUCCAAAUCCAGCCUGGAGACAUCGACAUCGUCAAAGAGCCGGUCACAGAAAAAAAGAAAAUCCACCGAAAAUUCAUCAGAGAAGAAUAUAAACGUGAGCAACGAUUUAAACAACUUAAACACUUCUAAGGCGAGUAACAAGUCGAAGAUUUUGGAAUCCGAAGAAGACAAUGCUAAUUUCGACGAUGAAGAGGCUGUUGCAACGCAAACCAAUGUAUCAUUUGAGAAAUCAAACAAAAGUCGUAAAUCAGCAGAAAACCAGCAAGUUUCGAGACAAAGUUUAAACAAAUCUAAUCAGGAACACGGAAGUUCCUUUAUUGCAGUCACGAAGAGUAACAAUUCCUUCAACGAGACGAAUUCCAGCAAUUCUUCGGAGAAGAUUCCGACCUCUCCUAUUUCGGGAAAUAAGAAGUCGUCGAAAAAGAGAGAAGAAUCGGUGAAGGAGAAAGCGCGUUUCUCUGUGACGAGCACCCAGGGUGAAAUGGAACCAGAACAUAUGGACACCGACGAAGAUGAAGAGGAAGAGGAGCCCUGGAAGAACAGUUCCAACAACAUUGAUAUACGUAGAUCUGAAAGUGGAGCCAGUGGCAAACGUUCAAAGCGCGCGUCCCUGGUUGUUGAAGAGGACGAGUCGCUCUUUGUUUCAGGCAAACAGAUAAAAGCAGUGUCGCAAAAGUAUGGAGAAUACAACACGGUAAAUGAGAACUACUCUAUCGCAGCACAAGUGGACUCGGAGAGCUCGAAUGACAGUUUAGAGGACAGUAAGGAACAGUGGGUCCCUCAGUUUCUUUUUGGCUCAUCUAAUGGAGAAGAAGACGGGUCAUCCAACGGCAGUAUUGAUUCAGACAUUGCUAGGGAGUACAAUCUCGAUGGGAAGUCUGACGUAGAGGAUCCGGAUGAAGAUAUACCUGGUGACGUCUGCAGAGAGUCAGAAGUAGAAAACUCUGACUCGGAUGAUAAUGGUUCUGACUUGGAAGGAUUUGUAGUGUAUGAUGAGGAAGAGGACGAAGAAGACGAAGACGAGAGUGCGGAAGAAGAUACAAGUAGAGGGAAGGGUAAAAAGAAAUUCUCGAGAAUUGCAGUGCAGUUUUCAGACGAGGAAGAAGAAGAAUCUGACAAUGAAGUUAAUCCAAAGGUGAUCAAAACAAGUGUUGGUGACGAGAGUAAUGUUUUGAAAUUCACUGAGAAGCUACGUGAUAAUAUCGAAACAGUAAAAACUCCAAAAAGAGGUAAAGUCCCACAAAACUUAUCGGAGACUGAUAAGUCUCGAGGUGUUUCGGAUGAACAGAAUGCAGACAAGAGUUUCAAGACUCCGAAAGUGAGCAGUACUCCUAAACUGAGUGGGAAGACCUUAAAAAAUAAAAUUGUUAGUAAUAUAAACUUGGGUAUUAACAAAGGCGAGUCGUCAAACUGCAGUAAAAGUGAUGAGGAGUCCCUCACACCUGCAUUCAUGAAAAAGAAGAAUAUGAUUCUUAAUCAAGUGCAUACAAUACCUUCCGUGAAAAGUGCAAUGAGUUUCUGCGAAACGAGUGGCACAAAGCAAAUAGAUUCCGGUGUUCUACAGAAAAGUCUUCCGGCUCUGCCAACAGACUUGACCGAUGUCACUGAAACCAAUCUUUCGAGGCAAAAGUCAUCCAAAGUAUCUAUGCUGAAUAAAACAAUGCUAACGCCUAGUAGUGAAACCACUGUAACGAAAUUCCUGAAGAAACAGAGAUUACACGAUACUCUACCUUCUGUAGAUUUACAAGAACAAGCAGAAGGCAUUUUGGAUGAGGCAAAAGAGAUUGUCGAAUCUAGUAAAGAAGCUCAUCUAACUUCUAAAAUGAGCACGUUGGACAAAUCGCGAAAAGACCACAUCCAUACUCGAAUUAAAGAAAAGAGUAACGAAGAAGAUACAAAAAUUCUUGUGGAACAAGAGGAAAUGACGCCGACCGAGAAUACGACCAAGUUAAAAAAUAGUGAAGUAAACAAAAAGGCAUCAAAGAAAUUGAAAAACGAACAGAAAACUAUUUUUGAAGCUGAAGAAGCCGUUGAUAAACCUACCAAAGGCGAGAAGAAGAAAAAGAAGAAGAAGAAACUGAGUGAUCAAGGUCAAGAAACAGAAAAUCCCGAAAAAUCGAAGACCAAGAACAAUCUCAAAGCUCAAGAUAAGUUGGAGGCAACCGACGAAGCAGAACAUGUAACAGAGACGAUGGUUACUAAAAAGCAAAAGAAAAAGAAAAGGCAGAGUGCACAGAUGAUUCCUACCGAGAACAUUGAAAAAAUGGAUGAUAAGCCCGCCAAGAAAGUGGCAGAAAAACGGAAGGAAACAGAAAAUUUGGACGAAAACAGUACUCAGAGACCAUCAAAGAAGAGGAAGAAAGUCGAAUCCACAGAAUUCGGAGCAACCUCGGAGGAAAAGCUAAAUUCGAAGAAAUUAGCGAAGGAUAUCGAGGUGGAUUCGGGAACUAAACAAAAACUAAAGAAGAAGUCUAAAAAAUCGCCUGCAGAACAAGUCGAACAAGAGGCGAUAAAAAUGGCCGAUAAAGACACCAACAAGGAAAGCGCUGGCAGGGCUCGCAAGAAAAUUAAGAGCGAGGGUUCCGAUCUUCAAAAUUCAGAAGAUCAACCGACAACGAGUUCGAAGCUGACUUCGAAAAAGAAGAAAGUGCGCGCCGAAAUAAUAAAUCCCGAAGAUCAACCCGUAAAGAUUUCGAAGCUGACAUCGAAGAAGAGUACCGCAACGAGCGACUCCGAUGAAGCUCCCGAAGCAGUAGAUUUUUCUAAAGCACGUGCAGAAGCGUUAAGGGCGAUGAAAAACGCCGUCGAUAGUAUAAAAGCCGGCAGAGAGACGAAAAGGAAGGAGAGACGAGAACAACUGGAGAGAAUCCAUCAGAAGAAGAGUGCAAAAUUGGAAGCAGAGUCUGCAAAACUUGAAUCCGAAUCGCGGCCUCGAAAUUCCGGCCUGAAGCGACUUCCUGACGAAGUAGUCGAGAAUCUUUCGGACAGCUCGAUGAAGAGGUCGAAGAGGAAACGAAGAAAACUGUCCAAAACCGACGAGAUGGUACCACCCAAAUCCCUGUUCGUCCCUGACAGAGCCUCGAAUGCCGCGAAUAAUGCCGAGGACGGAUUUAUUCCUCUCAGCGCGGCUGGAAGUACGACGGAGUUUAGCGUUGUGAAACUGACAAAAAUUAAAAAACGAACAUCUUCGACAGCGGCGUCCUUCAGACAACAAAAACUCGCCCGGAAUAAUCGUCAACCAUCGACUUCCUACACUACGUAUCGCCAGAAAUUGAAAGCGUCUGGGAAGGAUAAACUCCCUCAUUGAAAUUUCUAGAUCUGAGUUCUCGAAUUUCGGUUUUCUAAAUAGAUUUCCUGUAUUUAAUGCGUAUGCCUCAAUCGAUUUUACCUCUUACCGCUUACACGGCAGUCUGAUUAAACGUCCGUUCACUAUUGUGAACUGCAAGGUACGUUAAGGGCGCUCACUACUCCAGCGAUUUUGCAGGGCCUCACGGGGACAACGAUUUUGAGCGUAUUUCUAAACCAAUCGAGCUCAACGAGUGCUCAUAUUAACCCUUUGCGGUCGGCGCCGCCACAGUGGCGGCAUUCGCAAGUAGUAGAAGUCGGUGCCGCCGCAGUGGCUGCAUUCGCAAAUCGUCGUAGAAGUCGGUUCCGCCACAGUGGCUGCAUUCGCAAGUCGUCGUACAAGUCGAUGCGGUUGCAGUGGCAGCAUUUGCAAGUCGUUGUACAAGUCGGUGCUGCUGCAGUGGCGGCAUUCGCAAAUCGUCGUAGAAGUCGGUGCCGCCACAGUGGCUGCAUUCGCAAGUCGUCGUAGAAUUCGGUGCCGCCACAGUGGCUGCAUUCGCAAGUUGUCGUAGAAGUCGGUGCCGCCACAUUGGCGGCAUUCGCAAGUCGUCAUAGAAGUCGAUGUCACCACAGUGGCGGUAUUCGCAAGUCGUCGUAGAAGUCGGUGCCGCCGCAGUGGCGGCAUUUGCAAGUUGUAAAAGUCGGCGCCGCCACAGUGGCGGCAUGAUUUUAUUAAUGAUCACGAAACAACUUUCCGUAAUUUAUACAUAGAAAGUUAAAAACCUGAUUAGCUAAAUUUGUUCCGACUAGCUGGUACUCCUAUCAGAGAAAUCCGCUGGUCGCAAAGGGUUAAAGAUGAAAUGUUGACUUGUGUUUAUACGGGAGCGAUUUUCAAGAAGUGGUUAUUUUCGUAUAAAAAAGUGCUACGACAUAAUUAGAAUGCUCUUUUAACUAAGAAGAAGUCGGGUUAUCGAAAAUCGCUCCCAUAUGAACACACGUCAACGUUUCAUCUUUAAAAGGAGCACUCGUUGAGCUCGAUAGGUUGAGAAAUACGCUCAAAAUCGUUGUCCUCGUGGAGCACCUUUUUCGUAAUUUUCGGAUUCCUCGCGAGGAAUUUAAGCUCUCCUUGACAACCGUUGUCAAAUCUAGAUUUUACAGUCACUGUAGCAGACUUGAGACUAUGUUGUUCAAAUAAUUAAGAGAGAGAUGCAAGACGUUUUAUAUAUCGUGACAUCAAAAGCUGGAUGUUCGAGUUGAUUAUGGGGAAUGUGAAUGUUGCAUCUGAAGAGUCAAUCGUUCAUGAAACUUUUCUCUUAACUGAAUUUGCUGAGUCGUUUCAAACUUUACAACGUGAAUGUACAGGCUGUAAGAAAGGUUUUGACACUCAUAAAAUUUCAUUUUUAUAAAAAAUUUUUAAAAUAUGAAAUUUCAUGAGUUUCAGGACCUUCCUUAUACUCUCCAUAUUUAUAUUGUAAAGCUUGAAUCGAUUCAAUACUCCCAGUUUGGAGAAAAAUUUCAUAAACGAGAACUUUCAUUACGCCAUUUUCACAUCACCUUAAAUUCGCUAUUCUUUUUAUGCCAUUGGCCGUGUUCCUUGACCUUGAAAGUUUAAUUAGGAACUUCCGAUUUUUACCAAUUAUAAACGUGUCUUAAACAUUACCCGGUGUCAGGAAAAUAAUCGUGCCUAAUCGCCUCUGGCCCAAAUUAUGCAAGUACUUGAUAAAGGUUGAUGUACAAUGGCGGACAUGAAUGCCUACCCUGCAGAUACGGCAUCGCUUGUGCAGGAUGGGAGGGCACUGAUGUCUCCCAGUGGUUUUCAACAAUGCCAUCGCCUUGAAGAGCUUCACAUAUUAACCAACAGUCAACAAUUAUUCCUCGCGGUUCAUAAUUAUUUACUAUUAAAAGAAUGGGAAUAUAAAGUGGUAAAUUAUGUAACGCUCAAUUGUGACCCUUUCAUUCUACUUUUCUACGUUUAAUUUACAGAUAUGGUGGAACAUGUAUAUAAACGUUCUGUUAUAUUAUAAAUAGAUGUGUAUAUUAUGAACAGUUGUAAA